AACUUCACAUUGCACAGUUUCAAUGGUAGAAUUUAUUUAUGGAAAAGUAGUUUUUGUGGAAACCUGCCGUGACCCCUUUAUCAGUCCUUGAUCUUCUUAACAGUGAUAACAGGACCACAUCUUCACUACAUUGCGACGAACAAAACGUGCGCGCCGUUCGUCCAGCAAGAUGUUCGCUCAAUUCGUUGUGUCGCAGUAAUUUUGUCAACAAACAGAGGCAAACGAUGGCCUAUUUAGUGCAGCAAAAGAGGCUGGAGAAGCCCGGCAAAGAGUCGAUCCAUUCGGGCCACUUUAUGGUCUCCCAGUUCGAGGCGGAAGAGCAGGACGAUGAAGACAAUGUGGCGGUUCCCAUACCAGAAGUGUUGGAGGCCAAGCCUUUGGUCCCCAACAGGGCUUGUCUGCAAGGGGCACUCGAAUUGCCCAGUCUGAGGAAGAGUAAACAGCAGAUCUGUAUCGACCAGAGCCUUUCCAAGCUGUUUGAGUGCAUGUCACUGGCCUACAGGCAGAAACUCACAUCACCCAAAUGGAAUAGAUUUAGAGGCAUCCGGUUGAGAUGGAAGGACAAAAUACGCUUAAACAAUGUGAUUUGGAGAUGUUGGCAUCUUCAAUUCAUCAAGAAGGAAAACACGCUCAUUUGCCAAUUUGCCUCCCCUUUGGACGUCGACACCCACAACAAACCAGAAGCCAUUGUUCUGGAAGGAAAGUACUGGAAACGGAAGUUGGCGGCUGUAACGGCAGAGUACAAAAAAUGGCGCAUGUUUUACCGCAACCACAUCUACGGCCACACGCCCAAAGAAGAGAUGGAGAUGAUGAACGAUGUGGAUGCCAUUCUGGCCGAUUCGAACAGCAUGGACACAAUGAACAUGAUGAUCGACGAGGACUACAUGGGGCUGAUGAGCGACACUCUGUUCUCCACCAUAGCCAAUCAGCCUUACGCCUUUCCCGAUACCAGAGAACUUGCCAAGUCCGGUUUCGCUGACUUUAUACAGCCCAGCUUGGGGCCGUUACAGCCCAACUUGGACGACUACAUGGAUACCUUCGAUCCGCUACAAGAUGUUUUGUACAUGCACAAUAAGCUACCCACUGUACCUGAAGAGCAGCAGCACCCAAUCAAUUGGGAUUACCCGGGACCAAUUAGGCCAUCGGAUCUACCCCCUCUUGUGGCCGCUGCUCAAACCGCCAGCCAAUACCAGCCUCACAUUCCAGAGCUGACACGCCCAUCAGGUCUGGAAAAGCCUCAAGACAGCCAGAUUGCGAUGUUUAACAAUGCGAUGCUGCCGCCCCAGCCAUACAUUCAAUCCAGCAGCUAUUCGAUUAUAUCGAAAAUAACACCAAAGUCCAACCAUGGCACCAGCAGGGGCAAGCUGAGCCAUGGGUUGAUUGGGGGCUCUUUUGGAAAAUCCAUGGACAACCCUAAUAAAGCUUAUCCAGGCUAUGGAACCACGCCGAUUCUUGAUCAUGUCAGCCGUAAUGAUCGAUUACAACAAGUGCCAAUGGUGGCAAAGCCAUCGCAGCCACAACAGCACCGGACUCAAGUGCAGGAUUUGCCUGUCAACGAGCCCCAAUUCAGGCCCCAAGUGCAACCAUCCACCGGUUCUGCAGCGUACAAAUUUUCGGCCACAAAUCGGCCCAAUCUGAAAUUUACAUCACCCAAUGUCCAGCAACAGGUACAAGCGCCGUCCCAAAUGAUGCAUCCGCCUAUGCAUCCCUCGCACAUUUCUUAUCACACUAAUUUUCCUUCGGUUGUUCCGAAAGACAUCAAAGUGGAACAUCAAAACCGCGCCACUCAACGAGGGCGGGGCCGAUCACGGUCCAACACUCGGGAACCAAUGAAAAGGCCGCCCUUACUGUCAGCGUCAAGUGAUACCGCCCUUAUCACGCCCCAAACCAAUGCGCUGUUGACGCAAUUGCUGACCAGCAACGCCCCAUUGGCGGAAACCGUCCAGUCGUGGUCAGCCAAUCACAACAUGCCGCCCAGCAGGGUCAAAGAGGAGGCCAAAGCCCUUCCGGUGCUCAAAAAUCCUUCGGUCAGUGUCAUCCCGCUGACCUCACAAAUCAGUGUCAACACUGUGUCGCUCACCAAUGGGGAUUCGUCCUAUUUGAGCACCUACAGUGGCUCAAACAGCCCAUUGGACUCGCCCUCGCAGAAUCUGCACUCUCCCACUUCGUCUCAAGGCUCCAUGGGGUCUCCAAGUCGAGAAGGUUCGAGAGACCGAAGGGUGGGGCAUAUUCAUGCGGAGCAGAAGCGCCGGUGCAACAUCAAGAACGGCUUCGACAUGAUCAACUCGCUGAUUCCGCAGCUGAAUCAGAACCCGAACGCAAAGCUGAGUAAAGCCAUGCGGUUGCAAAAAGGCGCUGAGUACAUCAGAACGCUGCGCGCUGAGCGCCAUCAUCUCAAAGAGGAAAUGGACUCGUUGCGGCAAGAAAUCGAGUCGCUCAACACCUCGAUAAGCAAUUUUUUCCGCAGCAAUUGCCAGUCGAUGCUACCUGCCACGGGGGCGCCGGUGUCGCGGCGCCGAGACAGUCGUAUGCAGGAAAUGUUCGAUGACUAUGUUCGGAAUCGGACGAUGGAGAAUUGGAAGUUUUGGAUUUUUAGCCUAAUAUGUCGGCCGUUAUUGGCCUCAUUUAACAACUUUGUAUCGUCGUCAAGUCUUGAUGAUCUUUACUCAUCAACGUUAUUGUGGGUAGAACAGCAUUGCACGCUAGUCGAUCUCAGACCUGUGGUGCUCAACUCUUUACGGUACCUGUGCACUAAGACAGAAAUCCUCUCGGAACCCGACAAGUUGCCUGAAGAAGCCAGGCAGUUGGUACUGAAGAAGGACAUGAAAUAGCACGCGGCCGUGUAUUUUUGCUCAUUUCUCGUCUCCAAUGUGGAUCAAGAUCGAACAAAAGAGGCAGCAUUUUCAUAGCGUCUUCCACUAUGCCAUAUUAGUGCAAUAUGUGAAAGUGGCUUCCAGUCGGCCAUCCAUUGUGGAUGCACUUUCAAUUUUAACCCUUUUUUCCUUACUCUAAUGUUUGUAUGAUUAUUGUGCCUUCGCCGUGGGUAUUUUGGAAACUGAUUUACAUUGGCCAGCUGUUGCAUGGACAUUUUAUAGGGUACUUAUGCCGUAAUACUGUAUAAACUGUAUGUUCCGUUUCAGUUAGUAAUAAUGCUGUUAAUUUUUGUCUUUAAAUAUUUUACGUAAACGUUUAAAAUAAACCGUUUCAAAGCAA